UGAAAUGUAAAAAUGUUCAAGCGGCAACUGGAAAAGAAAAGUUACAGAAACUUUGAAGGCUCACGUAAUUAUGCGCAUUGCACCGCUGCCACUUAUCCUUGCGACUCUCCUACUUCUGAUCACAUUAACGAGCUCGCAGGCCCAGGAGCUGCACCGUCAGUUUCAACGCAUGGGUCACGGAGAGGGCGAGGAGUGCGGCAGCUCUGACCACCAGGCUGGCUGUGGCAUGACUUUAAAUCGAGGCAACUCGAAGCAAACGGCCACGAAUAUAGCCCAGAAAGCCGCCCAGGAAGCCAAGCAGGCUUCGGACACACAACAGCCGGCGGCCGAGGCUGCUGCCCGGCAAGUCAAGACGCAGUUGGCCGAGAAGGCCUUGCAGGCGGCCAAAGCAGCCGAAGCGGCUUUAGCGGGCAAGCAGCAAAUUGUCGAGCAACUGGAGCAGGAGGUGCGCGAGGCCGAGAUGGUGGUGCAGGAGGAGAGCUCAUCAAUGAGCAGCUCCCAAAGCAAUCUGAACUCUGCGGCCACGGCCGCCAAACAGGCACACUUCCUGCUACAGGCCCUCCAAAAUUCCAUCAAAAUAGCCCAGGAGAAUGUGGGAAAUGCGGAUGCGGCGGCCAGCGGCGCCCAGCAGGAGCUCAUCGAGAAGACCCAGCUGGUGGAGGCGGCACGCAAUCGUGUGGAGAUGCUGCUGCGCCAACUAAGCUCGGCACGGGCCGACUAUGGGAAUACCAAGAAGGCUGCCUAUAAGGCUGCCUGUGCGGCCAGCGAGGCGCGACAAAAGGCGGCACGCACACGA